AUGCCUUAUCCACCCAUUGCGCAACACGAUGGCGUGCCUCAUGGUACUGCCAGCCGACCUGCACAUUCCCUGUCUCUCAGGGCAAGUACCUCGCUGAGAGACACAAGCAAUGGCCUCUGGGACAUUCUGAACGAUCUCUGGCAUCCAGAGAGCAACCCUCACGGCUAUGUCACACUCGGCGCUGGACACAAUGCUUUGAUGCAAGAACAGCUGCUACAUCGCGUGAACAGUAACUUCGAUCUUCCCGGACGACACCUUUUGUUGAACGACACCAUCACGGGGUCUGUCCGGCUGAAAACUGCUAUCGCUCGCUUUCUCACUCGUUAUCUCAGCCCUUCAAAAGCGCUGAAGCCAUCGCAGAUCAUUGCCACCAAUGGGGUUUCAUCUGCGACCGAGCACUGCUCAUGGGCCUUGUGUGACCCAGGUGAAGGGAUGCUGGUUGGGCGCCCGUAUUAUCGAGAUUUCAGCAGAGACAUCUGCCUGCGGCCAGGGGCUAAGCUCGUUCCAGUCAGCUUCGACGAGAUGGAUCCUGUCGGUGUGUCUGCUGUGUCAAAAUAUGAAGAAGCCAUCGUAAGCUCCCGUGAGCAAGGCUGUACUAUACGAGCCAUUAUGCUCUGCAACCCGCACAAUCCCUUGGGUCGAUGUUAUCCUCCGUCGUUCCUUGUGGGGCUGAUGAAGCUUUGUCAAAAACACGGCGUGCAUUUGAUCAGCGAUGAGAUAUAUGCUUUGUCAGUUUGGAGACAUGGUCAGGAUGGGGCAACGACCAUAGAAGAUUUUACCUCAGUGCUUUCUAUCAACUAUGAUGGAGUGAUUGACCCGAAGCUUGUUCAUGUCCUUUGGGGUAUUAGCAAGGAUUUUGGCGCGAAUGGAGUGCGACUAGGUGUGAUUAUUUCCCAAAACAAUGGCGACUUGCUUGAAUCGAUCAGAGGGGUUGGCCAGUUUAGCUCGAUUUCUGGCUUCGCAGACUAUGUGACGACAAGUAUUCUUGAAGACGAAGAGUUCGUGGACCGAUAUAUCGAGGAAAGCCGUGAGAAGCUUGCUGCGGCUUACAACUAUGUGGUCAUAUUCCUGGAUAACCACGGAAUACCCCACGCAAGAGGAUCAAACGCAGGGUUCUUUGUCUGGUGUGAUCUAUUAACAGCUUAUCUAAAAGCCCAACCCAACCGUCCAUCUGAUGACAGCGACUCUGCUAAAUGGAACAGAAGUAGGGAGCUGGCAGAAAAGUUGGCCCUGCACAAAGUGCAUCUUGGAGUUGGCGAUGACUUCGGUAGUGAGCAGCCCGGAUGGUUCCGCAUCACCUUUUCUCAACACCGUGUUCAGCUCGAUGAGGGAUUGAAACGCAUUGUCAAAGCCCUUCACUCUUAA